UACUUCUGCAUCCUAACAGAUGUUCUUCUUUUUAGCUUCUGUCAGGGUGAUAAUGAAGCUUCUAGCAUCAUUAGCAGUGGUGCUCCUCCUGGUGGCGGUGGAGAGCAUGGCGGCAAGAGGCACAUCCAGGAGGACGAAGAGGGAGCUGAUGAGCCCGCUGCACAUGGAGGGCAUCAGGGACCCGUUUGGGUCGUACUGCGAGCAGCGGGGUGGCUGCUGCCCGGGUCGUGAGGAUCAGUGUACGGUGCCCUACCUGGACACCAUCUGUUACUGUGACCUGUUCUGUAACCGCACCGUCUCCGACUGCUGCCCCGACUUCUGGGGCCACUGUCUGGGCAUCUCACCCCCUUUCAUUGGCACAUGUGAAAGAAACGGACACAAAUUCCUCUCAGGACAGACAUACAAAGAGAACUGCAACUUAUGCACGUGUGGAACAACUGGGCGUUGGGAGUGUGAGCAGCAUGCCUGUCUGAUAGAGAAUGAUAUGAUCCAGGCUGUCAACAGAGGAAACUUUGGCUGGCGGGCAGCAAACUACAGCCAGUUCUAUGGCAUGUCUCUGGACGAGGGCCUGAGGUAUCGCCUGGGGACACAGAGGCCCUCCAGGACCAUCAUGAGCAUGAACGAGAUGCAGCUGAGUCCCCGCAUGUUAACAAUCUUUCUACUGGGUGAUGGACAGGCCCAGUCCUGA